CGCGCCGCGCCUGGCGGCACCAUGGGUUCCCUCUUUGAGCGCGCCACGCUGAGGGCGUUGUUGUGCGAGCCAUGCAUUCCAGGCCUGCUGGUGCGCCCCAAAUCCGGAGGGCCUUCCUGGCCACAGGAGCAGACCCGGGUUGCUGUGAAGCCAGAUGGGGUGCAGCGGAGGCUAGUGGGGACUGUGAUAGAACGCUUUGAGAGGCGGGGCUUCAAGCUGGUGGGGAUGAAGAUGUUGCAGGCACCAGAGAGCAUUCUUGCUGAGCACUACCGGGACCUACAGAGGAAGCCGUUCUACCCAGCCCUUAUCAGCUACGUGAGCUCUGGGCCUGUGGUGGCCAUGGUCUGGGAAGGGCACAAUGUGGUCCGCAUCUCAAGGACCAUGAUAGGACACACUGACUCAACCGAGGCAGCCCCUGGGACGAUCAGGGGAGACUUCAGUGUUCACAUCAUCAGGAAUAUCAUCCACGCUAGCGAUUCUGUGGAAGGAGCCCAGAGGGAAAUCCAGCUGUGGUUUCAGAGCAGCGAACUGUUGACCUGGGCAGAUGGGGGUCACCACAGCAGUUGCUGCCCAGCCUGAGGCUUUGAACUACCCUCCACACUUCAGGGUUCAUCCAUGAACAACUACCUCUGCCAACAAGAACUCAAACCCACACCCUUCCCAUCUCCCAAACCAC